AUGAUCUUGACAGCAGCCUCCGGGAGAUCACCACAGCGCCUCAUCCUUCCCAAGUGCACUGAAGGUGAAGCUGGUGGCCCAGCAGACGAUACAGGACAGCCACCCAGGCGGUUUUCCAAAGAACAGCUUUUUGUACUGAUAUCUGUAGCGUCCGUGAACUUCAGUUCCAUGAUGGGCUAUGCCAUCCUUGGUCCCUUCUUCCCCAAGGAGGCUGAAAAGAAGGGAGCCAGCAAUACUGUGAUUGGUAUGAUCUUUGGAUGUUAUGCUUUGUUUGACUUGCUGUCAUCUUUGGUGUUUGGAAAAUAUCUUGCACAUAUUGGUGCAAAAUUUGUGUUUGUAGCAGGAACAUUUGUCUCAGGAGCAGUUACAGUUCUCUUUGGUGUCUUGGAUCAAGUGCCAGAUGGACCGAUAUUUAUUGUUCUGUGUUUUCUGGUGAGGAUAAUGGAUGCAGUGAGCUUUAGUGCAGCCAUAACUGCCUCUUCUUCUAUCAUCGCAAAGGCUUUUCCAAAUAAUGUAGCUACAGUAUUGGGAAGUCUUGAAACUUUUUCCGGAUUAGGACUAGCCCUGGGUCCCCCUUUAGGUGGCUUUUUAUAUCAAUCCUUUGGCUAUGAGUUGCCUUUCAUUUUUCUGGGCUGUUUCGUCCUCCUGAUGGUGCCAUUCAACAUGUGUAUUUUACCCAAUUAUGAGGCUGAUGUAGGUAAACACUCCUUCUGGAAACUCGUCACUUUACCCAAGGUUGUGCUGAAUGCCUUAGUCAUUAUGUCAACCAACUCAUGCUUUGGCUUCCUGGAUCCGACUUUGUCACUUUUUGUUUUGGAGAAGUUUAAGUUACCAGCUGGACAUGUUGGACUGGUAUUCCUGGGUAUGGCGCUGACCUACACCAUUUCCUCACCACUCUUUGGUUUGCUGAGUGACAAAAUGCCUCAUCUAAGGAAAUGGCUUCUGGUUUUUGGAAACAUCAUCACCGCAGGCUGCUUCAUCCUCUUAGGCCCUGCCCCAGUCCUGCAGAUUAAAAGCCAGCUCUGGUUGCUGGUCCUGGUGUUGGUGGUGAAUGGCAUUUCUGCUGGCAUGAGUAUUAUUCCAACUUUCCCGGAGAUUCUUAGUUGUGCCCAUGAAAAUGGAUUUGAACAGGGAUUAAGCACACUAGGACUUGUAUCUGGUUUCUUCGGUGCAGCGUGGUCACUUGGUGCUUUUAUCGGACCAACAGUUGGUGGAUUUCUAUAUGAGAAAAUUGGUUUUGAAUGGGCAGCAGCAAUACAAGGCCUGUGGGCCCUGAUAUGUGGAUUGGCCAUGGGCUUGUUUUAUCUGCUGGAGUACUCAAGGAGAAGAAGAUCUAUACUCCAAAACAUCCAGGGUACAGAGUGGGAACGGACUGCUCUGCUGCCCGAGGAAAUCCGCCCUUGCACUGUUCUGGAGUGAUGCAGGAGUGGGAGAUCCCCUGGCCUUGAACCUGAAGCCAGCCUAGAACCUGGCUGCUGAGAGAGGGAUUCUCCUGGCCUUGAACCUGGCUGCUGAGAGAGGGAUUCUCCUGGCCUUGAACCUGGCUGCUGAAAGUUUUCCUACUAUUUUUGUGUCUGCACAGACUCCACGGAUCUCAUGCCAGCAGUCCAGAAAUGCUAGUGUGCUUUGAUGAUCCCAUGUUCGGCUCCAUGACUGUUGUCUUGAAAAGCUGGCCUGCUGGCAGGCGCAUUUGAAAUCUUAAGGACGAGCGUGAUAGUUGGAAAAUCAGGCAAAGUUUGCCUUUUCUGAGUAACCACACUUAGGCUUGACUAUUUUACUCAUCCCGUUGCAUUUCCUUGCUUUUUAUUCUAAGUGCUGAUUCUGAACAUGUUUUUUUUUUUAAUGACCAACAACUGAAAUGAAUUGAUA